AUGGAAAGGGAAAUAGAAUGGGAUAAGAAGGGGAGGCCGCCAUCUAGAACCUUCUGGUCCAACGCUCCUUUCCCUUCCUCAACUGGCUGCCUGGCUCCACCGCGCACUCCUCCCGCGCAGCAAGGCAAGCAAUGGCGCUCUCGUGCCCGCUCGGCGAGGCGACAGCGGCUCCUGCAGCUCAGAGCGGCCCGCGUAGCAUGGGGAGCAGGCGAGCAGUGUCUUCAGCGACCCCGCGGCGAGGACAUAGGAUCAACAGAAUCUGAAGCUGACAAUGCAGAGAUUGAGAGAUUGGAAGUGCGUGCAUCUGCUUUGAGAAAGGAAAUUGAAAGCAAAAACAAGCACGUAAAGAUCCUCAUGGAUCAGCUCCGGGAGCUAAUAUCAGACAUAUCGAUGUGGCAGAGCCCUUGCUCGGUGUGAAAUGUCAGAGGAGAGACCACCAGGACCAGGGGUGGAUGCAUGUUCAAGGCUAUAUUGUGCAUGCUGAUUUGCUAACCUCUUGGAAGGGAAAACAGAAGGUAUCUGAUUGGAUUGCACGAGAAGAAGGAUGUUUUUUCUCGCAAGGGUGGAAACGAACAUGGACAAAGUAUGGAUCAAGUUAUUGAUGCAGAUACAGAUGACAUGUGUGAUGGACGCGGAUUCUGUUUUGGAUGUAACAGUAUAUAUGCAUAUCCUUUGCCGCUUCUGUGAAUCUUCUUUUGAGACUAGAUGCUGUUCGGUCGGGGCAUUUUACGGUGUGAUCUGAUCUUACCAUGAACUAAUCGUUGUAAAACAAACAGACUCUGAGUUAGAGGAAA